GCGCAUUCAAAACAUAAUCUCCUCACUGACGCAACUGAAGAUCGAUCAACUCCAAAAUACACCUUGGUUGAGUCCGUCUAUACACAAGAGCCUCUUGCUUUGUCGCAGAGGCAUCCAGCAACAUGCCCAUCAACCAACCAUCAAAUCAGAUCAAAUUUACCAAUGUAUCAGUCGUCAGGCUAAAAAAGGGUAAAAAGCGCUUCGAGCUCGCCUGCUACAAGAACAAACUCCUCGAAUAUCGCUCCGGUGCAGAGAAGGAUCUCGACAAUGUUCUCCAAGUUCCCACGAUCUUCCUGUCCGUUUCUAAAGCGCAAACAGCCCCAUCCGCCGAGUUAACAAAGGCCUUCGGCGCCGACACACCUGCAGAUGAGAUCCGACAAGAAAUCCUACGAAAGGGUGAAGUGCAGGUUGGCGAGCGCGAGCGGAAGGAAAUCAUCGAACGAGUGGAGAAGGAAGUGUUGGAUAUUGUAUCAGGACGGCUGGUUGAUCCUACGACGAAACGAGUCUAUACCCCCGGAAUGAUCUCAAAAGCCUUAGACCAGCUGAGCUCGGCUAGUGGUCAACAAUCGCAAACACCCGGCAAUGGUGAGACGGAUGGGGACAACAGCGAGGAGAGCCGCCCGCGGAAACCGCUCUGGACGGGUGUGACUGCCAACAAGUCCGCGAAGAGUCAAGCGCUUGAGGCCAUGAAGGCGCUUAUUGCAUGGCAGCCUAUUCCUGUGAUGCGGGCGCGGAUGCGUCUCCGCGUUACCUGUCCUGUGUCAUUGUUGAAGCAAAGUGUCAAGGGUGGUGCGGCCGGCGGUGCUGGCGCGGGUGGUAAGGAGAAGGAGGCGCCAUCCAAGGGCGGCUCCAAGUCCAACAAGAAGGGUGGAAAGGGGUCCAAGAAGGCCCGUCAGCAGGAAUCCGAGGAUGAGGCGGGCGGUUCUGACGCAGAGUCUGCACCUGCCAAGGGCCCGAGCAAUGUCAAGGAUAAGAUCCUGAGCUACAUCGAAUCUAUCGAGGCUCAGGAGGUCGUCGGCGGAGACGAGUGGGAAGUCAUUGGCUUUGCGGAGCCGGGAGCUUUCAAGGGACUGAAUGAGUUCGUGGGUAACGAGACCCGGGGCAGAGGACGCGUGGAGGUGCUGGAUAUGACGGUGACCCAUGAAGAGUAAGCUCGGCCGGGAAUGCAUCUGGCGCAACCAUGUACAGCCUGCUAUGAUUGAUGACUAGGAAGGAUACCAAAAUCAUGCCAUAAAUAUGACC